AUGUUUCAGCUGCCUAUCUUGAAUUUUAGCCCCCAGCAGGUUGCGGGGGUUUGCGAGACUCUGGAAGAGAGCGGGGACAUUGAGCGCCUCGGUCGCUUCCUCUGGUCUCUGCCCGUUGCCCCAGCUGCCUGCGAGGUCCUCAACAAGAAUGAGUCGGUGCUUAGGGCGCGGGCCAUCGUGGCCUACCACACCGGGAAUUUCCGAGAACUCUACCACAUUCUGGAGAACCACAAGUUCACCAAAGAGUCUCACACUAAACUACAGGCCCUGUGGCUCGAGGCGCACUACCAGGAGGCAGAGAAGCUGCGGGGCCGCCCGCUAGGGCCAGUGGACAAAUACAGGGUGCGGAAGAAGUUCCCUCUACCCAGAACGAUAUGGGACGGAGAGCAAAAGACCCACUGCUUCAAGGAGAGAACCCGACAUUUGUUACGAGAAUGGUACUUGCAGGAUCCUUACCCGAACCCGAGCAAAAAGAGGGAGCUCGCGCAGGCUACUGGACUUACUCCCACACAAGUGGGAAACUGGUUCAAAAAUCGUAGACAAAGGGAUAGAGCGGCGGCUGCGAAAAAUAGGCUACAACAGCAAGGGAUGUCCCAAGGCUCGGUUCGGUCUUUGGCAGAUGAUGAUGGAACCGUCGAUCGACUCGGUCCCGCCUCUAGUCCCGAGGCAAGUUUGUCAAGCAAAGCCGCCACCUCGGCUAUCUCGAUCACUUCCAGCGACAGCGAAUGUGACAUCUAAUGGCGCACGAGGCAGUCCAGAGGAGGGAGAGGAUAAAUUCACAGGAGAUAAAUAAAGGAGAUCCUAAAAGACAAUCUAACAAAAAAACAGUCAGUGCCUGCGUUUGAAUUUAAAGAAACCGGUCUUCUUUGAUGGCUGCCAAAACAUGAGGGAUCUGACGGAAUGCCCUGUCUUAAAGCUAUACUUUCUUUUUGUUGUCGUUUUUCCGCUAUGGAUGGCUGAAGCUAAUACAAGCGGACAGAAAAUGUAAAGAAAAAUCAUAUUCAUAUUCAUGAUCCCUUUUUAGGGAGGACUAAUAAACCAAUGCCUCAAGAUACAACUAAAACUGGAAAAAAAAGACAUUUGAGCGCCUAACCUGCUAUUUUCUGUGGGUAUUUCAUGUUGAAAAGACGCUGUAAUAUUUUUACU